CGAUGGCUAAAUACAAGCCCUGGCUGGUGGGCUGCUUCAUCUUGGCUGGUUUAAUCAGCGCGGUUGCUCUGGUCUGUCUGUGUAUCGUCUCCUUAGUGGACAGAGAGUGUCCCGGCGGCAGCUUCACGCACGCGGCUGUCGCUGCAGACUCGCUACGUUGCUCCGAGGUUGGCAGGAGCAUGCUCCAGCAAGGGGGGUCAGCAGUAGAUGGCGCCAUUGCAGCUCUUCUGUGCACAUCUGUGGUCAAUCCUCAGAGCAUGGGGAUUGGAGGAGGAUCUAUAUUAACCAUAAGAAAUAAAAAAGGCAAAGUUGAAGUCUACAACUUCAGAGAGACUGUCCCACAGUCUUUUAAAAGUAACCUGUUGAAUGAUUGUAAGAGCACAUUCGGACUGACCACAGGCAGCCAAUGGAUCGGCGUUCCCGGAGAGCUGCGGGGCUACGAGGCCGUUCACAAACAGUACGGGAAGCUGCCUUGGGCCAAGCUGUUUGAGCCAACUAUUAAACUGGCCGGGGAGGGCAUCCCUCUGCCGGUGUUUCUGGGAAACCUUCUGAAGUUCUCUAUUGUGAAAGAUCACGUGGAGAACUCAUCCCUCUGUGAAGUUUUGUGCAACAAGAACAAAACUGUUCUGAGCACAGGAGACAUUCUGAAGUUUCCUAAACUCGCAGAAACCAUGAAAACAAUUGCAGAGCAAGGAGCCGAUGCCUUCUACACGGGCAAGAUAGGACAAGACUUAAUCCGAGACGUAGAAGCUGCAGGAGGGACUUUGAAAAGGGAAGAUCUGAAGUCCUUCCAGGUGCGUGUGGAGGACGCAUGGACAGUUCCUGUGGGAGACACUAAGAUGCACUUCCCUCCACCACCUGCAGGGGGCCCCCUGCUUGCCUUCCUUCUCAGUCUGAUGAAAGGCUCCCUGGAUGGUGACCAGAAGAUCCAGACAUACCAUCAUUUCAUCGAGGCAGCGAAAUUUACUAAUGGACAAAAGAAGAGCAUUACUGAUCCUCUCUUUAAUGACAAAAAGAGUGCAGAUCAUUUGAUUGAUCCCUCCUUCAUUAAUCAAAUCAGGGACAUGAUCUUUUCCAACCGCACCCACGACAACUCUUACUACAAUAAUGCCAAGCCCUCCCGUGACCACGUGGGGACGACUCAUGUGUCGGUCCUGGAUCAAGAUGGACUGGCUGUCUCUGCAACCAGCACCAUAAACCAGUUAUUUGGAGGAGGCAUUUACUCCCCACGAACCGGAAUCAUCCUCAACAAUGAGCUGAGUGACUUCUGUGGGAGAGCCGACACUGUGAGGGCAGGUGAGCGGCCUCCUUCCUCAAUGAUUCCAGUAAUACUGGAGUCAAAGUCUGGAGGCCUCCUUGUGAUUGGUGGAUCAGGAGGAAGCAUGAUUACCUCAGCAGUGGCCUUGUCUAUAGUAAAUCGCCUGUGGCUCGGGAUGAAUCUGAAAGACGCCAUUGCUGCCCCGAUAGUGUUUGUGGAUUCUAGCAACAAUGUCAAUUUUGAGCCUGGUUUUAACAAGUCUGUGAUAGAUGGCAUCAGAGCUCUUGGACACAAGCCAGGCAGCUGGAAAUACUUCUUCAACGUAGUCAACGCUGUGGAAAAGGAGAAUGGAUGCAUUGCGGCCGUAUCGGACAGCAGGAAGAACGGGAUGUCAGCUGGAUACUGAACCACACAAAGAAUCUGCCCUAAAGACUGACUGAACCUUAAGCCUCAUUAGCCUUGAGAACAUUGAAUGUGCCAACAACAAAAUGUGAGAAAUGUGGCUCUUUGUUGGUGAUCCACACAAUCAAGAAACUACCAACCUUAAAAGAUGAUAUCGGAUUAUAAUAACUUGAUCAUUUUAAAUGUCCGUAUCUUUUAAAUAACAUUGUUUUCACCAGACUUCUUUUGAGGUGAUCAGAUCACUCCUUACAUAAACACAUUUUCAAUCCAGCCAGUCAUCACACACACACACGCACACGCACACACACACAUCCUGAAGUCAUUCUACCUAUAUAUAGACUGCUACACUGGCUGCUGAGACAAAACCAAGUGCUGUGUCACACCAAGUCUAAUGAUUUAAUAUCUAUGACUUUUUCACUUUGUAAUUUUGUGUGAGAACUGUUUAUCGUAGAUGAGCCUCGAAACCCUUUUUAAAGUGACAUCCUGCCAAACAGGAAACUUUUACUGUGACCUUAAAUAGUUUUACUGUGUGUGAAACGACUCUAUUCGGGUCCCUGAGCAUGUUGUGAUGUUUGUUUAAAGAUUAAAUAAAUGCUGUAGAAUUUCAUCUAAAAAAAUUAAAAUACAAAUAAUAAUGUACAACAUUAUCUAAAAGAAAACACUCGUAUUUUAACACCACCACUGUCAUUUUGUCUUUAUUUUUAAUGUCGAAAUGCUUUGUAAAACAAUUACACAUUUUUACAACUAUUUACUGUGAAUAUCCUUGUUGUCCCAAUUAAAGAUCAAUUCC